UAGUCGAGCCCUCUUUAACUUUCUACCACGUCUCUCACCAAAAAAAUGCCGGCUGCUCUUUCAUCAUUUAGUCUUUCAUGCUGUUGUAACAGACUACCCACUAAGCACGAAAUUUCUCUGUUGAGCGCACAAAUUCCCUCCAUUUCACUUUUUCUUCCCUUUUCUUGCAAAUAAAUAGAUGUCCUUCCUACGCUAUGUAUGACUGAACACAGGAAUGGGAGUUCAAGACUGAAGCAUGAAAAUCACUUCACUGUGGAGAAGGCAGCAGGAGAAAUCUGAUGGACGACAGAGUCAACUGGAGGAAGCAGACCAUGACAAGCCCUUGGAAAAGCCUCUGAUUAAGCGAGACGUUUUCAUUCCAUUCAUGGUCAUUUUGAUUACAGACAUGGCCAUUUUUGUAUGUAGUGGAUUCCAUUACCUACUCACCGCCAUGAAAGCUGAGGGCCUUUUUUUCAAUAUAAUUUUUGUGGGUACUAUUGUUGUAUAUUUUACAGUGGCAAUAGUACUUGUGAUUACUAAGGCUCAGAGAACAGGCCGUACAAUUCUCUUUGUCUAUUUGAAUUCAGCGGUAUUCAGUUAUUUGAGUUCCCUUGCAGCUCAAUACACUGUGAUGUCGUCAUGGCUUUUUACCAGUCUGUGUUUUUUCACUGUAGUACUCACAGCUUUUCAUUGGUUUGUAUUAUUUUGCUGAGUCUCCUGCAGAGUGGGUAGAUUUUGUCAAGACCCUUUGAAAACAGUUUUUUCUGUAAUCAGGAUGUACAGAAGAAAAGACUUUUUAACCCA